AUGACCGAAGACGACCAACACGAAGUUUCUCUGGACCCCGGUCGCGAGGUCGUCUACUGCGGUGAAGCCCUAGAAGCCGCGACCGCCUCCCUCUCCGUCGACGCCCAGAAGCGCGCUGCCAAAGACGCCCAGAAGAAGGCCGCCAAGGCCGAGGCCGCGUUGCAGAAGCAGGCUGAUAAGCUCGCCAAGAGCGUCGUCACCAUCAAGCGCAUCGAGCGCAACAAGAAGAAGUUUGUUACGGCCGUCUCUGGUCUUGAAGCCUUUGGAUUGGACUUGAAGAAGGCACGCUCGUCAGUCACUAAGACCCCCAGUGGUGGAGAGGAGAUUGUUGUGCAAGGAGACGUGAGCCCCGAGAUAGAAGACCUCCUGCUGGAACACUACAAGGAGAUUCCGCCUGACAACAUCGAACUUGUCGACGACAAGAAAAAGAAGAAGGCUGCAGGAUAA